AUGAAGCCGGUGGCGGUUCAGAAAGUGAGUUCGAACGAAGAGAAAAAGAAGCACUACCGAAGGGCCCAACAAAGACUGUGGGGCAAGUACGCGGCGGAGAUCCGGGAUCUGAACCGCAAAGGCUCCCGGCUCCGAGGCGCCAAAGAGAUCCUUAACUUCCCGUUCGAAGCCUGGAAAGUCGAGCCAGUCGUGUUCGUGGAGAGAAAAGGACGUCAUGAGGAACAGAGAGAUGAAGGAGGGGAGGAGCUGAAGGACAGUGAGGUUGCAGGAAGGACGGGGAGAGGUGGGUCUGGGGGGGAGAUGUUGGCGUGGAUGGGGAAGAGGUCGGGGGUUGCAGGGAAGGGGAAGGAGAAGGGAUCGAGGUUUUGGAGUUGGGUUGUAGGUAAGGGAAGGGGUCAGGGAAGAUGGGUGUUUGAGUUUUAUUAA